AUGGCUGACGUUCCCCCACCCUCCCCAUCCGAACUUUUAAGGAUGGUGACCGAGCUUCAACAAGCAAACCAAAGAAUGGCGGAGGACAACCAGAGAAUGCAGAACCAAAUUGCACAAUUAGUACAAGCUCGCUUGGAACACAAUGAUAACAAUCAUGAAAAUAAUGAACGAACCCAUGUUUCCGAGACACCACAAACUAACAAUGAAGGAGAUCAUCACGAUGAAGAGGGCCAGCCGGAUAAUGAGGACGAACGACCUGAUAACUCAACGGGGCCAUUCACAGCAGACAUAAUGAAUUUCCAACUUCCUAGACAGUUCACCCUCCCGUCAACCCUAACCCCGUAUGAUGGGUUGGGAGAUCCAAAGCAGCAUGUUAAGAAAUUCCGAUCUAUUAUGAUCGUUAACGGUGCAUCUGAUCCAAUUCUUUGUCGAUGUUUUCCAUCUUUUUUAGACGGACCUGCACUUGACUGGUUUUGUUCUUUGCCUGCAGAUUCGAUAUCUCGCUUUCAGGAGUUAGCUGCCCAAUUCGAAGAUCAUUUUGCAGCAUCCGCAAUAUACCUUCAUGACUCUGACUAUUUGACGACCAUCAAACAGGGACCGCAAGAAAGCUUGAAGGACUACAUUACUCGGUUCACCAAGAUAGCCAUGCGGAUCCCAGACCUCCACCCAGAAGUCCAUCUCCACGCCAUUAAAAGCGGCCUUCGUCCAGGGAAAUUUCAGGAAACCAUCGCUGUAACAAAGCCCAAAACUUUGGCCGAGUUUCGUGAAAAGGCCAAAGGUCAAAUCGACGUUGAAGAACUCAGACUGGCGAGGAGAUCAGAAAAAUCGGCCAUCAGUAAGGAGGAUGAUAAGAACAGAGACAGCAAAAAACCAUUCAAGCCGGUCCCACGCUAUGACUCCUACACUCAGUUCAACACAAAAAGAGAUGAUAUUAUCAAGGAGAUUCUCAAUUCUAAGUUAAUAAAACCACCUCGCAAAGCAGGCAAUUAUCCAGAGCCAAAAGGACUCGACAGAUCCAAGUAUUGCACUUUUCAUCAAAAGCACGGACACACGACUGAUGAGUGUAUCAUCGCCAAAGAUCUCCUCGAGCGACUAGCAAGGCAAGGCCACCUGGACAAAUUUAUUUCAGGGCAUAUUCAGAAGAACACUACUCCUGUCCCAGACACCUCGACUGCAAACACCUCCGCUAAAGGGAAAGAAAAGGCACCGUCCCAACCACGAGGUAUAAUAAAUUGCAUUUCAGGGGGCUACGCAGGAGGCGGCCACACAAGCUCGGCCCGAAAGCGCACGUACCGAGCUAUGUUGACGGUCGCAGACGAACUAAAAAAUUCCCAGCCGUUAAUAGAUGUCCCAGAGGUGACUUUCCGACCAGCCGACUUUAACGGUGUCAGCAGCAACCUCGAUGAUCCAGUCGUAAUCUCCAUCCAGCUAGGAGAUCUCAUAGUAAAGAAAGUCUUACUCGAUCCGGGAAGCAGUGCCGAUGUCUUAUUCCAUACAACCUUCGAAAAGAUGAAGCUGAGCAGUAAUAUCCUGCAACCAUACUUCGGGGACCUGGUCGGAUUUUCCGGAGAACGAGUUCCAGUACUUGGAUCAGUGUGGUUACAAACCACACUCGGUGAGCAACCAUUACAUAAAACACAGGAUAUCCAAUAUCUCGUGGUCGAUUGUUUUAGCCCUUAUAAUAUCAUUCUAGGUAGACCUUUUUUAAAUAAAUUUGCUGCAAUCGUAUCUACUAUUCACCUUUGUGUCAAGUUUCCUGUGCAGGACAAUCUCAUAGGUACAGUUCACGGCGACCUCCAGGAAGCCCGACAAUGUUACAAUAUGAGCUUAAAGCCACCCAAAAAGCUCGGACGGCAACAAGUUAAUUCCAUAAAUUCCGAGCCAAUAACAUCAGCCGAGUUGGACCCCCGAGCCGACUUUGAAGAUCGGCCUACGCCAAACGAAGACUUGACGAAGAUAACAUUAGGCAAUGAUCCGAUGAAGUUCACCUUUGUCGGCACUUCCCUCAGCCCGGAAGGCAAGGAGAGCCUUGAAAAUUUCCUCCGAGAAAAUUCCGAUCUAUUUGCAUGGACUUCUGCCGACAUGCCAGGAAUAGAUCCGUCGGUUAUAACACACAAAUUAGCAUUAAACCCAGCAGCCCGACCAAUCUCACAGAAAAAAAGAAACCUCGGUAUCGAAAAGCGAGAAGCAUCAAUAAACGAGGUAAAAAAGCUAAUAGAUGCCAAUUUCAUCAGGGAAAUCAGAUUCACCACAUGGCUGGCCAAUGUGGUCAUGGUAAGGAAAAAUAAUGGUAAGUGGCGCAUGUGCGUCGACUUUACUGAUUUAAACAAAGCGUGUCCCAAGGACGCUUACCCUUUACCCUGUAUUGAUACUCUGGUUGAUAACUCUUGUGGUUACGGCACCUUAAGUUUCAUGGAUGCAUAUUCUGGUUAUAACCAGAUUCUCAUGCACCCAACAGAUCAAGAAAAAACGGCUUUCAUAACCGAGAAUGGUAAUUACUGCUAUAACGUUAUGCCUUUUGGUUUAAAGAAUGCAGGGGCAACAUAUCAACGGUUAAUGAACAGGAUUUUCGAACAGCAGAUAGGGCGGAACAUAGAGGUUUAUGUUGACGACAUGGUCGCCAAAACCAAACCCGGAGACUCUCACAUUCAGGACCUGGCCGAAAUCUUCGGCCAAAUACGGCAAUAUAAUAUGAGGUUAAAUCCAGAGAAGUGUGCCUUCGGAGUCCGAGGAGGGAAAUUCCUCGGAUUCAUCCUCACAGGCCGAGGAAUUGAAGCAAAUCCAGAAAAGUGUCGCGCAAUACUCGACAUGCACACUCCGUCCACAAUCAAGGAAGUUCAGAGGCUAACAGGACGAUUAGCCGCUCUUUCUAGAUUUUUACCAUGUUUGGCCCCUAAAUCUUCAAAAUUUUUUCAAUGUCUAAAAAAGAAUGCAAAACAUUUUGAAUGGAAUCAAGAGUGUGAAAUAGCUUUCAAAAAUAUAAAAGAAUUCCUUUCAAAACCCCCUAUACUGCAAAAACCAAAGUAUGACGAACCGUUGUAUAUAUAUUUGUCUAUUACUGACUUUGCCAUUAGCUCUGCUCUUGUAACAGAAACAGAUAAGAAGCAACAACCAGUAUACUUUGUGAGCAAGACCUUGCAGAAUGCCGAGCUUCGUUACCCAAAGCUGGAAAAGCUCGCCCUAGCUCUCGUAUUCUCAUCUAGGCGUCUUCGACCAUAUUUUCAAAGCCACACGAUCAUUGUCCGAACCGAGCAGCCUCUCCGACAAGUUCUGUCAAAACCCGAGCUGGCAGGAAGACUAAUCAAAUGGGCUAUUGAAUUGUCAGAAUUUGACAUUCAAUACCAGCCGAGAGGGUCGGUCAAGUCCCAAUACCUCGUCGACUUUGUCGCCGAGCUCACCGAACCAAGUUCCGAAGUCCCAAGUACAGGAUGGACCUUGUUUGUAGACGGAGCUUCCAACCCUCAAGGCGCUGGUGCCGGAAUAUUACUCGAAAGCUCGGAUGGCAUAGUUCUCGAGCAUUCCCUCAGAUUCUCAUUCAGGGCCAGCAAUAACCAAUCUGAAUACGAGGCCCUCAUAGCAGGGCUCAGGUUAGCCAACGAUUUACAUAUCACCGACUUAAAGGUUUAUUGCGAUUCAUUGUUAGUAGUUCAACAAGUAAACCAAAGUUUUCAAACAAAGGACCCGAUUUUAUUGCAAUACUUAGAUAUUGUCCAACAACUGCUGAAAAACUUUUCAAAAAUAAACAUUACUCACAUACCUAGAGAGCAGAACCAUAGGGCAGAUAUUCUGUCAAAAUUAGCAACUACACAAGCACACAGCGCCACUCUAUUACAGUCAACUCUAGAUAAACCGAGCAUUGAUGUAUUUACUGUUUUUAACACAACUAAUAAUGACAAUUGGCAAUACCCUUACAUCCAAUAUCUUCGUUCUGGUCUCAUCCCAGAAGAAAUCCAAAACAAAAAUAAAUUCCGAAGGCAGGCCUCCUACUAUACAUUGUUAAAUGACAAUCUUUAUAGGCGAGGAUUCUCUCGACCUUUGUUAAAAUGUUUGAACAGGGUAGACGCCGACCUUGUGCUGUCCGAAGCCCACGAGGGCAUUUGCGGAAUACAUUCUGGGGCACGAAGCCUGUCACAGAAAAUCUUCCGAGCGGGUUUUUAUUGGCCGACGAUCCAAGACGAUAGCAAACGCAAAGUACGAACUUGUGAAAAUUGUCAGAAGCAUGCACCGAUCAUGCACCUGCCAGCAGAACAUCUGCAUAGUUCGACGAUAAGCUGGCCAUUUGACAAAUGGGGAAUUGACAUUCUAGGACCAUUUCCCACUGCUCCAAGACAGGUAAAAUAUCUGGUAGUCGCGAUUGAUUAUUUUUCUAAAUGGAUAGAAGCACAACCUUUGGCUAAAAUAACAUCCGAACAAAUGAUAAACUUCGUUUGGAAAAGCAUAAUCUGCAGAUUUGGUAUACCUAAUCACAUUACAACUGACAAUGGUCGACAGUUUAUAGACCAAGGUUUUAAGAAUUUUUUGCAGAAUCUGAAAAUCAAACAACACUUCUCAUCUGUUGAACAUCCGCAAUCCAACGGAUUAGCAGAAGCCGCCAAUAAGGUCAUCCUGCAGGCCCUACGCAAAAAGCUCGAGACUGCAAAAGGCUUAUGGGCCGAACUCAUCCCAGAAAUAGUAUGGGCAUAUAAUACUACAGCUCACUCGACAACCAAAGAAACCCCAUUCCGUUUGGUAUAUGGGUCUGAAGCCAUGAUCCCCAUAGAAGUAUCAUUAGGCUCAAUGCGGACAUUAGCAGAAGAACAUAAUAAUGCUAGACGGGCCGAGCUUGACUUAAUUGAAGAAGUCCAAGAAGCAGCAGCAGUCAGGCACCGAGCAUUACAGCAACAACUUAGCCGACGAUAUGCACAGAAGGUGCACCAAAGAUCUUUCAACAAGCACGAUUUGGUUCUCAGAAAGACCGAGCAAGCUCGCCGACCUCCCUCCCAUGGGAAACUCGCGGCAGCGUGGGAUGGCCCAUACAGAAUACAUGAAGUCCUCAGGAGAGGAGCAUACAAGUUGGAAGAAUUAGAUGGCACUAUACUCCCGAACACAUGGAAUGUUGGUUCCUUGAAACGAUAUUACAGUUAA